AUGACGCUCAGUUGCGAAGAAGAACAGUGCAACGACAGUUUACUUGGAACCAAGAGCGGGAAAGGCAUCAAGCGAGGAAUCAAACUGUGGAGGAGCCUGAGCACGGUUUCCUCCGCGACCCCCUCGCCCACCACCGCGUGCACCACGACCUCUUGGUGGGCGAUCACCACGGAAGCCACGGUUGGGCUCAGCGAACUGUAUGUCGAUAUGCAGUGCCUUCUCACGUGGUUCGCGGCGAAUUAUUGAAACUUCUUCCUCCUCUUUGUCGACAAGCACUUCCUUUUGCAGCUUGACUAGCUUACCGAAGUUCUCCUCUUCACCUUCACCAGCCUUGCGGACGUUGAAUUUGGGAGCUUCCUUCUUCUGAGAGUCGAUGUACUCUUUCAAGGUCUUUUGCUUCGCAUAUUCAGCCUCAAGAGCUUCCUGUGCGAGCUCUUCAGCAGUCUUCUCUCGAGGAACCUCGGGCUCUUCCGGUACGGCAAUAGGUUCAGUUUCCCCAGCAAGCUCAUCCUAAAUAAGUCAGAAUCAGCAUUGCUUGCAUCACCUAAAACUCUUUAUCACCCUCGUUCAAUAAGGAUGAAAAACUUGUGGAAAAGCAAUUACUUCCAAGAAACUCAUCUCUGCAUAAUGGCUGAACAAUUCCAAAAAGAAAAAAGAUGA